ACCCCCUUUUUUUUCUGACCAACGUGUUCGCUACGAUACUUCAUGAAAAUAUUAUCUUUGUAUUGUUAUUGUAGUUUGUGUGGUUAUCUUUGUGUUGUUAUUGUUUUUAUGAUUUAGUAGCGGGUGUUAAGAUUGGUUAAGGAAAUUAGUGACUAAGUUUAACAACGACAACGGCCAGCAUGAACAAAUUGUUGGCAGUAGCAGCACUUGCUGGCAAGUGUAAGCAACUACUGAUGCCCCUUCAACAUGAUGUGCAAGUUUCGAUUUCCAGCAGAUUGAACUUGAGUAUUAUUAGUAGCUUCUGUACAUCAACAAAUCCUGUAACUACCAAAUCAGCACUACAGGAAGAGGAGCUAGACAAACUGUAUAAAAUUUUGGAGAUAGAAGUUCGAGGAAAUGACCCUGCAGUUCUAAAGAGCUAUGAGACCUUUGCAACAAUGGCAGCUCGUGAAUUGGGAAUCACAGUGGGAGAGUGCUGGUCACCACGCAAGGCACACCAUGAGAGGCUGACUCUGCUGAAGUCAAUACAUAUCUACAAGAAACACCGUGUUCAAUAUGAGGUUCGAACAUACUUCCGUUUCAUGCAGUUCCUACGGCUCACCGGUUCUACUGCAGACACGUUUCUUGAAUACAUCCAGCGUAACCUUCCAGAAGGUGUAGCCAUGAAAGCAACUAGAGUUGAGGUGCAGCAGCUACCUACACAUUUACAUCCCACUGCAAUUCUGAAAAGUCUUCAACAGCAGCAGCAGCAACAACAGCAGCAGCAAGAGACUCAACAGCAGUAGCUGUAAUCUUUGGUGGUUACAUGGUUUUGUAGUUGAAGUGUAUGAUGUUUGUGACAUAACAGACAUCUUUGUUUUAAGUGUGUCAUGUCAUUCUGUGUUUAACACUCCGUGUGAUUACUGUUCUGUAGUGUGUCAUUGAAUGGAAACUUUAGUUUUGUUGAACCAGUUAUCAUUCCUUAAAGUUGGAACUAUAAUGAACACUCACAGUGUUAAAAAAAAAGGUGUUGAUUGACUGAGGCCAUGCAUUAUUUAUAAGCGUGUUCUGUGUGUUCAAAUUUUUAGGCAGUAAACUGUUCAAGUGAAAUGGAACAGGGUAUUAUUUUAUCUCUCGUUACUGCAGUGGUGCUAACUGUGUUAUGUACUUUAUAUGGACGACAACAAGUGUUAUUUAGUUAUCUGUGAUACAUAUGGAAUUGUGUCUUUUCCCACUUGAAUGUAAUGUAGACAGAACUGAAUUACAGUGUUACAGCUGCUGUUUCAUUCUGCAAAAUGUAUAACUUCAGCCAGUUCUCCGACUGGAGAGCCAGAGGCUUCAAAAAAGUACAAACCUGAUUGCAGAAAGUUAAGAGGAGUAAAGAUGAUUCCAAAUACUUUAGGAUUAAAGGAGACCACUCACCACAAAGCAGAAGUAUUUAUUUUCAGUAGGCACACACAAGAGAAGGAAAACUUGCUAGCUUUUCGUUAAAGGGGGUACAUUUUAUGAACUUAUAGAUGUGUCCAGAUCUUUGUAAGAUAGCCAUCAAUGUCUGUCCUCUCCUCCAUAUCAAGCUGCAUAAUAAAAAAGUUGUUUUAAUUGUC